CUCACAGUGCAUGGAGCAUCAUCAUCAGCAGCAGCAUCAUCAACAGUAUCAUCAGCAGCAGCAUCAUCAACAGUAUCAGCAGCAGCAUCAACAGUAUCAUCAGCAGCAGCAUCAUCAACAGUAUCAGCAGCAGCAUCAACAGUAUCAUCAGCAGCAUCAUCAACAGUGUCAGCAGCAGCAGCAGCAUCAUCAACAGUAUAAUCAUCAGCAGCAGCAUCAUCAGCAGCAGCAUCAACACUAUCAGCAGCAGCAUCAACAAUAUCAGCAGCAGCAUCAACAGUAUCAUCAGCAGCAUCAACAAUAUCAGCAGCAGCGGCAUCAUCAGCAGCAUCAACAGUAUCAUCAGCAGCAUCAACAGUAUCAGCAGCAGCAGCGGCAUCAUCAGUAGCAUCACCACAGGUAUAAGGGACUUCAUUAUCAGCAGCAGCGACAUCACCGGUAUCACCAAUCUCUGCAGCAAUAGUAUCAGCAACAGAAGUAUCAGCGGGACGAUAGUCAUCAGCAGCAGCGGCUUUAGCAGCAGCAUCACUCGAGGUAUCAUCAUCAUCAGCAGCAGUAGCAGCACCGGUAUCACCAUCAGCAGUAGCAGCAGAAUCUGUAGCAGCACCAUCAUCAUCACCAGAAAUAUCAGUAACAUCAUCACCAUCAGCAGCUACAUAGUCAUCACAGGCAACAUCGAGUUUGUAUCAUCAUCAGCAGCAGCAACAUUAACAUCAGUUUGAACGACAAUCAACAUCAGCAUCAUUUGCGGUAACUUCAACAGCAGCCAUCAUCUUCGGCAGCAGCAGCAUCAUCAGCAGUAUCGUCGGCAGCAGCAUCAUCAUCAGCAGUAUCGUCGGCGGCAGCAGCAACAGCAGCAUCAUCAGCAGCUUCAGCAUCAGCGUGCAUGCCCUGCAGCAGGAAAACCAGGAAGCCAUGCCGGCGUGCCAGCGACCUCCGGCCAGCGCCUAAGUGCGGUGGCGGCGGCGGCUGCGUCGCGGCCGGAGCGGCCUUCCUGGUGCGGCACAAGUCCUGCCGCGACGUCCUCCUGAGGGGCCUCGGCUCCGCGGCCAGCGGGGCCAUGUCGGCGGUGCAGGCCGCGAAGGCCGACGCGGUCGUCUGCAAGGCGGCCUCCAUCGACGAGCUGCUCCACACCUGCAUCGGCGCGUUCGACGAAGCGGGCGAGCCCACAGGAGACAGCCCCGUGCCACGGAUGCUGCUGCUCAUGCAUCGCUGGUUCAUCUCGUCGGCCGACCUGGCAUGCAAGCUGCUCGAGCAGUAUAAGGAGGCGACGGGGCUCGAGGGAAGCCGGACGCGCCUGCGCAUCUGCCGCUUCGUGAGGUUCUGGAUCGAGGAGUUCCCGGCCGUGUUUAAUCUGGACGCUGGGCUGGCGCGACUCAUGGAGGAGUUCAAGGAGCUGGCCUGCACGCUGGGCCAGGAGGACCACUGCAGCCUCGUCGACAUCUCCGCCAUCCCAUCGUAUGAGUGGAUGCGCCGCGUGACGCAGCGCAGCAAGCUCUGCAAGAGCAAGCGGAAGGUGUCGCUGCUCUUCGACCACCUGGAGCCGGCGGAACUGGCGGAGCACCUCACCUACCUGGAGUUCAAGGCCUUCCGCCGCAUCUCCUUCACGGACUACCAGAGCUACGUGCUCAAGGGUUGCCUGGUGGACAACGCCACGCUGGAGCGCUCCAUCAGCCUCUUCAACGGCGUGUCCCAGUGGGUGCAGCUCAUGGUGCUGAGCAAGCCCACGGCGCAGCAGCGCGCCCAGGUCAUCGGCAAGUUCAUCCACGUGGCGCAGAAACUGCGGCACCUGCAGAAUUUCAACACGCUCAUGGCGGUGGUGGGGGGUCUCAGCCACAGCGCCAUCUCGCGCCUCAAGGACACCAACACCCUCCAGACGCCCGAGGUCAACAAGGUUUGGUACGAGAUGACCGAGCUGCUGGCCUCGACGGGGAACUACUGCAACUACCGGCGAGCAAUGUCGGAGAGCAAGGGCUUCAAGAUCCCCAUCCUGGGCGUGCACCUCAAGGACCUGAUCGCGCUGCACGCGGCGCUGCCCGACUGGCUGGGCAAGGGGCGCCUCAACCUCUUCAAGCUGCAGCAGCUGCACGCCACCUUCAGCGAGCUGGUGGCCCUGCAGAGUGCCCCGCCGCCCAUCGAGGCCAACAUGGACCUGGUGCACCUGCUCACGCUGUCCCUGGACCUGUACCACACGGAGGACGAGAUCUACGAGCUCUCCUUGAUGAGGGAACCGCGGAAUCCAAAAUCAACACCGCUGACGCCCUCGAAGCCGGUGGUGAUGGCCGAGUGGGCCUCCGGCGUGUCGCCCAAGCCCGACGCGGCCACCAUCAACAAGCACGUGCAGCGCGUCGUGGAGUCCGUCUUCAAGAACUACGACCACGACCGUGAUGGCUACAUCUCGCAGCAGGACUUCGAGCAGGUCGCGGCCAACUUCCCCUUCCUCGACUCGUUCUGCGUGCUCGACAAAGACCAGGACGGCCUUAUCAGCAAGGAGGAGAUGUCUGCCUACUUCCUGCGAGCCAACUCCAUCCUGACGCACAAGAUGGGCCAAGGCUUCGUGCACCGGUUCCAGGAGACCACCUACCUCAAGCCGACGUUCUGCGAGCACUGCGCGGGAUUCAUGUGGGGGCUCAUCAAACAAGGCUACAAAUGCAGAGACUGCGGCGUGAACUGCCACAAGCAGUGCCGCGAGCAGUUCGUGAGCGAGUGCAAGAAGCGCUCCAAGAGCUUGUCGUCGGAGAACUGUUCGCCCAACACCUACCGCUCGCUGCCAAGCACGCCCGGAGUCAGCAGCCCCGGCAACAUGAAGCAGCAGAGAAAACCGCAAACGGUCACCAGAGCCCGAUCCAACGAUGGUGGUUCGUGGAUGCAGAUCGAAGAGGCAUCAAACACCACCGCGGGUUUUCGAGUCUCAGUGUCUGACGGAGAGGUGUUCACCUUCUCGGCGGAGGACGUGCGCAGCGGCAACAGCGACGGUCGCUCCGUGGACGGCGUGGCCGGUGGCCUGAGUUCGAGUCCCGGUGUGGGCCCUGGCGCCCUGGCGCCCCUGUGCUUGCAGCGGGCGGCCGAGCGAUCCGGCGGCGGCGCGGGGGGGGCGGACGGCCAGGCGUGGAUGGAGGCGCGCGCGUGCUCGCGGUGGGGCGAGCACCCCUCCGGCCUGCACACCUUCCCCAAGAUGAAGCCCAAGCGCGCCGACGGGCACAAGUGGGGCAGCCGCCGGAGGGGGCAGCCGCUGGCGCUCGACGGGGCGGCGGUCACGGCGGCGCGAGCCGACAGCACGGAGGGCAGCAGCGGCAGCAGCAGCAGCGAGGGCAGCGUGGGGCUGGGCGGGGGGCAGCACUCGCCGGCGACGGAGCAGCAGAGCAAGCACCCAUCGGCGUGUCCGUGAGGGCUGUGUGUCAUUCAAAUGACGUGAACGCGGCGGAGUCGGCAGAGGUGCCUGGUGCGGCGCGCCAGGACCCCAACUUCCACGUCCAAUACGGCUCCCGGAAUGUUGCCGGUUCUGCCAUCGCCCGGUAACACCGGAGGCGGCUACUGUCGGCGAGCCACCGGCGCUGGCAAAUCCUUCACCGCGAACGGCUUCCCGUCCUGGCAAUUCCAUCUCGACUCGCCGCCGUCGACAAAACAAGAGGAGGGGUGGGGAGUGAAUCAAAGUGAGCGCCGGCCAGCAUUGGCGCAAGCCCGGAAUCAAACUAUAUCGGCCAACCGCCAGACAGAGCUGCGUAGAGAGAAGGCCGGCCGGCUGCCCUCCGGCUGCGGGCGAUCGACUCUGUGAAGGUCGAGCGCCUGAUUCAGAAGGGAACAGGGGGUCGCCGGCGGACCGGCCACCGGGCGUCCGUUGACGCAACGACAAAAAACAAAUGUAAUCAGGGAACGCGGCAUUCGCCGAAGAUGCCGCAGGAGCACCGAUUGAGAGCGGUCCGUGCUCCGGCAGAGUGGUGACUUCGAGCGGGGGCGUUGGGGUUUGUGUGCCAAAAAAUAAAAACCAACCAACAGCAUCGAAUCGCCCACAGUUUUGCGUCUCGCCGAUGCCCGAGUGCUCGGCCCGUAGGGGGGGAAAACACUCCCGAGCGUUUGUUGUGCAGCUUCCGCGCGACGCGAGCGGUCAUACCAAAGAAUCGAUAAGGACUCCGGGUUGGACGCUGGAACGGCCCGCCGCCGAGUCGCGGGGGUAUCUCUGUAAGUAAGCAAGCGAAGAGCACAUUUCGUCCCUGGCGGGGAGGCCUCCUGUACAUAGGGUGCGUCGUGUUACUUUACUGCGAUGUGUUUCCGCAACGUCAACUUGUGUUUGCUUGUUGUGCGCAGGAGCGUUUGUUUCCAAUUCAGCACAGAAACUGGUGUCUUCGUGUUAAAAGAACACAAUGUUCACGGCGUUAGUAAUUUCUUUUUGCGGUUUGAUCGCAAACAACGUUUGCGCUUGCGUUAUUUAUAUUGGGAGGUUGACUCACCUGGCGCGUUUACAGGAUUCUGUGCCUGCCACUGAGACGGCACCGGAGUCUUUCACGGUGUCCGGGUUGCGGCGCAUGCCGUUCGGCGCGACGUUUGACCUUUGGCCACGCGUGCCGGGAUGCGGGGAAGAGUAGAAGAAGCUUCGCCGAAGCAGGUGGAGAGAAAAUAUCAGACACCAUGCCGAACAACGCGCGGCAGAACCCGACGAUGCUAGAGAGCCGCAUGGCACGACUGUGGAAACCUCCGCGGUACUUCUAUGGUUCUGUCCACGUGCUGCCCGGGAGAGUUCCACGAACAGAGGUCGGAGAAAACGUGAGGAAUUGGGGGGCGACUGUGGGGCGGUGCCGAACACCGCCAACACAACAUCGUGAUCCCCGACAGCCGAGUGACAGCGACACGGGCCUCGGCCGAUCGAAGCCGUCGGGUUUUCCGAGAGCGUUGCGGUUUCAUGGAGCGGCGGCCUUUUGUGCGUGCGACGGAAGAUCCGUCGCACGCGAGCGGGUGCGUCCGGGGCGACCGUUGUGGAGGAAGCGGCGGUGGCGGCGUCGCUCGUCGGCUUCUGCCACAACCUCACCGCUCGUUGGUGACGGAGGGCAUUUUGACGCGAAAGUCAGUUUUGAUGGGUGGACCACCGCUGGAGCGAAUUAUGUUUUGCUUGAAUCUUUGUAUCGUUGUUCAAACAGUGUUCACAGUGGCAUUAGAGCGCUCGGAUUACUUUAAACUGCCGAUGGAGUGUGCCACACAGACCCACUUAACGUGCCAACGUUGAGUCAACGUUGGCGUGUGGUUACAACCGUUGGGCCGACGUUGGCCCACCGUUGCACGGUUGAUGGGAACACGUGUGUUCUGUUGGGUGAAUGCACGUUCGGUUCUGCGUUCGAGACGCGGAAAAUGUAUACGUUUACAGAUUGAACUUCCCCCUUUGUGGGUUCAGAAUGCGAGUGUUAGCUCCGAACAGGGCUUGCACACAGUCUGCAAAACGUUGUUUUGGGAGAACUGGAAUACAUUUUGAUAAAUUAAAUAUUUCUUUAAAAAAGUACUAAUUUUAUUUUAAUAAAAAAAGCAACACCUGAAGAACGGAGAGAGCGCUGACAUCGUCCGAGAGCACGGGGCCUCUACGAAGCCUUGCCCGGCUCCGUAGAGGCCGGACCUCGUCGCCUGUGCCGUGUGAAUUUUAAAGCCGGUAAAUUGGGUUGUGGGGGUGCUAAGCCCUGUUUAGCCGGAGAGCCGCCUCCACUGCCCCCCCCACCCCGCCAUCAUCGUCACCGCUCUGUGCAUGCGCUCGUGGCUGCGGAUAAGCUGCCGCGUUGCCUCGACUCAUCUCACCGAGCGCCACUGCGGUCGGCCGUCUCCGACGCGGAAGAACAAAACGGCUCCCAUAGAUUUACGACUUUGUUUUGAACGAAAGCACACAACGGACAAUUCAGGUAUCGGCUACAACGAAGAGCCAUUGUUGCAUAUACUGAUAUGUGGUGAAAACAAGCCUCAUGACCGUCACGACGGUGUGGAAGACCCAUCCGUCCAGCGGUCCAUUUAAAGAGGGUCUGUUAAAAAUAAUUUAUUUUUUCAACACGCUGGCGGGAAUAACCCCAGCAGCGUGUUUCGCUUGGGACAGAGGCGGCAUGGCGAGAGGAGUCUAAACCCUUCGUCUCGCUCAAAGUCCGCCGCCGCGCGAGGUCUGCCGGGGAAACUGCGGCGCAGUUUCUAGCGGGUCGAACCGCGCGAGCUCUCCGUGGCGUGCCUUCACGGAUCGCGACACGUGCCAUCCCGCACCACGUUUACGCUCGGCAAUGUCGGGCAUCGGGAAUGUCGGAUGUCACGCUGAACGAUGCCCGACGUUCCCGAGCGCAAAACGUCGGACGUCGCGCGCCGCGUGACGCCCGACGUUCCGAGCGGGGGCGUCGAGCGUUGCGCGCCCAACGACACGCGGCGCGGCACGACCGCGCAAAAAACGCCUCUUCGAUGGGACUGCCGGGAAGCUGUAGUUUGAAAGUGAACGAGCCAGCGAGCCGACUGUAGGUGCCGGCGGGACCGGCGGCUCUGCGCCGCCGUGCGUGACCUGUGGUUUUGUGGGGCAACGCGGGGUUCGUGCGGAACUCGCGACGAUGAUCAAAUUGACUCGUGACGACCGCACCAAGGAUACACCUGCAAAUGCCUUCUUUUUUUCGCUGCUGCUGCUGCUGCACGUUGGUGGGACACUCACGGCAACCGUUCAUAUGGUACUACUGAUGGCGCAUUGAGGCCGUGUGUUUUUUUUAAUUACAACAAUGUUGAAAUGUGUUCAUUGCAUAGAUUCUCAGACAACAACAGCAGCAGCAGCAGGCUCUCGGCGUAGUAGUAACCAAGCGCGCGUAGACGCCCGUGGAAGUGUUACACAGGGUGAUACAUUUAUAGAUGCCCCACCAAAACAAUACGGAGAAAUCAGUUUUUGCCGCAUGCAGGUGCCGAGGUGGACGAUUGCAUCGCAGGGAUUUGCGCGGCGUCAAGGUGGUGGAGGUAGUAGUGGCGGCGCCUUGGGGCAUGAGACUUUCGAUUUUAGCGGGCGGACAAAAGCCUCUACAACGUCCCCCACUAAUCCGACGGAACUCUCCCGAUGUCCGACAAUGGCCGGCCGACGUUGGACAUCAAGCGUUGAGGGGAGAGCAAGGGGGGGGGGGGGCGUUAGGAGCACAUUGGGGCAUCUAUCAGUGGAUCACCUUGUACUGUAGUAUUAAUUAACGACGUGUAGGCUGCCUUUGUGUUUGUACAUUCAGACUGCGGCGUGUGUGCGCGUGCGUGGCACGUGGCGCGGAGGAGUGGGUUGAGAGGUGUGGGUAAGUGCUGCGAACGGGAGGGGAGCAGUGGCCGUAGCGAAUUAAAUGUGCCCCCUCGCUUUUGCAAGUGAGGCAAUCCCAGGUCUCCCGAGAUCUCAACCUGGCUAAAAAAAACUAAACGGGGGCCCCUCCAACUCGAGGGCCCCCCCUCCCGCACAAUCGAUAGCCACGCCACUGCGGGAGAAGUGAAGGGAACUGAAGAGAGCUUCAUCGCGACUGCUGAAAUAUAAUAAUUUAAAUUUAGAAAUCGCCCUUAAACAGUCGUUCUCAGGGAUCAGAUGCCCACCUUGGGCAAAGCCCCCCCCCCCCCUCCCCCUCCUUUUAAAUGCCUAAUUGGCUGAAGAGGAAAUGUAGAAAUGUUAUUUGUCCAACAAAAAUCUGGUGAAAAAAACAAGCUGAUUUAGCAGCAGGACACAAACUGGGCUGUUGGAGUUCACUGGUGGCCGAUAAUGCGGAUCGGUGAUGGGAAACCAUGAGACGGGCAAUGGAAUGGCGGAGUCCGGGGUAGCUCCGAGACCCCAGAUGGGAACAACUGGACAGACGGAUGGACGAGUGGCUUUCUCAAUAUUCAGUCGUGCAUUACACACACACGAAAAACAAAGCGAUUGAACAAAAAGAGGAAUUCAGACUCGCCGCCGAUGAUGACGAUGAAGGUGAUGGAGGUGAUGGAGCGUCUCGAAGGACGCAGCGAAGGACGUUUACUGGGAAAUGUGCGACCACAACUCUGUGGUCAGUGCGGUGGAGAAGACGAGCAGAUUAUUUUCAUCUGACAUUUUAAAAUAAAAUAAAAACACACACCGCGUGCAGACAUCAUCGAAGCACUGGCGAAGAUGUUCCAAAAUCAUCGAAUCACCCCGGAAGAAGAGCUCAGGGAUGGUACAUCGUCAUUUAAUCACCAAAACAACCUUGGUUUUGGCGGAAUUGAAAACAAAGGAAUAUAUUUUGUGCUACAUUGUUUAGAUGGCAGGAGAGGUUUGGCUGAUGUCUGUAACAGUCCCACUGUGUCGGCAGGUCCCUCCAAUGAAUGUAUUUCCAAACAGAGACUGGAGCUAAGGGACAGUGCGUCCCGUCCAGAAAACAACAACAACAUCAGCAGCAAGUGUUUGAUCCUGGACUGUCAGGGUAAAAUGUGGGGUUUGGGAAAUCCUCUGUUCGGGCCUGUGCAGCCUUAAUUUUAUAGAAGUAGAUUUAUUUAUACACUGUAUACCUAGAAUGAUUGCUUGUGACCAGCAAUAUUUUUAAUAGAAUAAACUCUAUGAUAUGG